AUGUCUGCAAUUUUGGAUAGUUAUAAUGAGGCAGACGUUGUUUCAAGAAAUUUAUGUGGUGUCGUAGACAUCGGCUCUAAUGCUAUUAGGUUUAGUAUAUCAUCUAAAGCUUCUCAUCAUGCAAGGAUUAUGCCGUGCGUUUUUAAGGAUAGGAUCGGUAUAUCUUUGUUUGAAGUCCAGUAUUGUGGUAAUUCUAUGGAGAAGGUCCCAAUUCCGCUUGAUACUAUUAAAGAAGUUUGUGCUGCCAUGAAAAGGUUCAAGCUAAUCUGUGAUGAUUUUGGUGUGCCCGAGACCGGUGUACGGGUCCUUGCUACGGAAGCAACAACAAGUGCUAUUAAUUGUAAUGAAUUCACAGAUGCUAUCUUUCAAUCUACUGGUUGGGAAGUAGAGUUAUUGAGUAACGAGGAUGAAGGGAGGAUUGGGUCAUAUGGUGUUAUAUCUUCAUUCAACUCCGUAUCAGGUCUCUAUAUUGAUUUGACAGCAGGAAGUGUCCAGAUAUCAUGGAUAAAGUGUAUUGAAGGAGAGAUAUUACAGUCUUCAACUCCGAUUUCUUUACCCUAUGGAGCUUCUGCUCUAGAGAGGAGAAUGAAGUUUCAAGACAAGCGCGAUAUAUUUGUAGAAAUCGAAAACGCAUUCAAAGAUGCUGUUUCAAAUAUUGGAAUCCCUGACGAUUUAGUGACGGAAGCUGAGGAAAACGGUGGAUUUAACCUAUUCACUUGCGGUGGCGGUUUAAGAGGUAUGGGUCACUUACUUCUUUCUCUAAACAAACAAUACCCUAUACAAACCAUUAUUAAUGGCUUUUCAUGUUCCUACGAAGAGUUUUCAGCGAUGUCGGACUAUUUAUUUUUAACUGGAAAGCUUCCUGGGACUCAAAAGGAUUUAAAGAUAUUUAAGGUUUCAGAUAAAAGAGCGGCCCAGCUACCUGCUGUUGGACUAUUGAUGAGUGCUGCUUUUAAGGCGCUUCCGAAGGUUUCCAACAUUUUAUUUAGCGAAGGCGGUAUUAGGGAGGGUACCUUAUAUUCUAUUUUGCCGCGGGAGAUUCGAGCUCAGGAUCCAUUGCUUAUUGCGACAAGACCGUAUGCACCGCUGCUUGCUUCCAAAUACUUGUCUUUAUUAAGAUCAGCUAUUCCUGAAAAAGAAGUCCCUGCGGUCGUCUACCAUAGGGUUGCACUUGCAUUGUGCAACUUGGCCUUUGUACAUGCUUCCUACCCCAAAGAGCUGCAACCAACAGCAGCACUACAUGUCGCGACUACUGGUAUAAUAGCGGGCUGUCAUGGGCUCUCUCAUAGGAUUAGGGCAUUGAUUGGGAUCGCCCUAUGUAAUAGGUGGGGCGGCGACCUUCCUCAAUCAGAGAAAGUAAACAAAAAAGCACUUGAAAACAUUGUCCUAAGAGACGGUGAAAAGGUUGAACGUCAAAGAAUGGUCUGGUGGUCUAAGUAUAUUGGUACCAUCAUGUAUGUCAUUUGUGGUGUACAUCCUGGCGGCAAUAUUAGGGAUGGAGCGUUCACUUUUACUGUUUUGGAGGAUAGUGAGGUUGAAAAAGAUAUGCGGACACUUAGCGUAAAUGAAAAUGCACCUUCAAGUAGUCUGCAGUGCCCUCAAAAACGCACUUUUACAGCUAUUGUUAAAAUCAGUAAAGAUGAUUUAAAGACGAGUGCAUCCGUUAGACAACGGAUAAUAACAUUACAAAAGAAAAUUAGAAAACUUUCACGUGGAAGUUGUGAAAAGGUACGAAUUGAAGUAAAAUUCUUAAAAGAUGGCCAGUAG